UCAUUACAAUUAUCCGCCAAGUGUUCAUAUUAUUUCAAAAUAAUGUAGACGAUGACGCUGUUCAUAAAGAGAUAUUCAAUAUCAAUAUAAUACAAUGAAGUGACGCUAACUAAUUUUCUUUACAAACCAUUAUUACCAAUUGGUCAUGCCUAUUAAUUCAACAUGAAAAAAGGCCCACAGAACACUAAAAGACACAAUAAGGGAUCUCCAAAUCCACAACUUAUAAAUAAGCCCUUCUGCGAUUGUACAGUAUGCGCUUGCAAUAACUGUCCUGAUAUAUUGCGAAUGCUCGCAAUAACCGUCACUGACAAGUCAUGUGAUUUUGGUCCUAAGGUCAAAGGUAAAACAAAGAAAACAUCGCAAUACUGUAUACCAAAUGUGACAAAUAGACCCAGCCUCACGGGCGUCAUGAACCAUAACCAAGAGUGCGACUGCGAGGUGGUAGCGCGCGCUAUUGGUUCGCACGUCCACACGAACCUUGGACUACCCAAUAGAAAUAAAGUAAACAACCCUACACAAAAAGAAAACCCAUCCAAAAGUUAGAACGCAC